CCUCGACCUCUACGAAAUAGAGGAACAUAACCUUUUAACGAUCCUGAAAGCGGACCUCGACUCGCGAUAGAUCGGCGAAGCGUCUGGCUUGCUUCCCUGCUACUUCUAACGUCUUGGGUCCUCAGGAAGGGCUCAGUUCGUCUCGGCGACUGGUGCAAGAUGAAGUUGCAAAGUUCGACGUCCAUUUUCCUUGGGUCAACGGAGUGCCAGUACGCAUGCUGGUCGUUCCCAACUUUAUCUACACAUCAAAAAAUGCCUCUCUCACACCGCAUGCGACCCUAAACACACGCGGCCCUCGCGUCACGACGUUUCCUACCCACCGCCAUUGAUUUCAUCGACGCUGCGCCCUACUCUGACAGAAUCCGUCCUUCCUCUAUCCGGCUAUCUGCCCCAGAAGCACGAUUUCAAAACACCAUGGCGGACACUAUGGCAGCAGACACACCUGCCCAAGCAGAAGAGCUUGUAGCAGCAAAGCCGGGGUUGAUUCAGGCAGUUUGUGGAAUAAGUGUCGCGCAGUUGAAGAUGAUACUAGGCAUUUGCGGAUUGAGGCAGACUGGAACCAAAGCUCUUCUGCAAAUCAGAAUGAUAAAUCAUAUCAUAACGCUGCCUAGCCGGGAAAAGCUGGAUGAAAUCUGGGCGACGCUCGUCAACCGCUCAGUUCUCUCACUUAGCGCUCACAAAUCCGACAACAUACCCUCCAAACAGACUUUUGGCCCAAUUAUGGGAUACCCUGUCGAGAGCAAUGGAAGCGGUGCUGGCCAAAUUACUUUCAAAGGCUCGCCUCUCUACACCAUUGAGCAGCAGCUCACUCAAGUCCACGAGUGCCAAGCUCGAGAAUCAACCAAAGACACUGCAAGGCUCAUGGUUUUAUUGUCCCAAGAUACCAUCGAUAAGCUGAUCAAGGAUCCAUCACACCGUGUCAUGGUAUUUUGCGCCUCAGAGAAUACCGGGGCUUGCAUGAGAGAACCUUCUGAUGUUGCGUUUCCUGACCACGUGGAGCUGAAAUGUAACGGUAUGAAGGUCGAGGCGAAUCUGAGAGGACUGAAGAGCCGACCUGGCUCGACCAGGCCAGCGGAUAUCACGAACUCCAUAACGCUCACCCCCUGUCCGCAAACCGUCGAGAUGACCUAUGCUGGAACCACAAAG